AUGGCAACAUCAGAUAACAAAGCCCGCGCUCUCCGCGGCGAGCUCCAUUAUGCCUUCAGCCCCGAACUUGUAGCCGAACGUCGCAGAUGUUCCCACGCCUGUUCACGAUUCAACACCGCAGGAGAGRUAACCCGAAGACGCCAAGUAGAACUUUGGAAUGAUAUCGUCGACGACAAAACACCUCUGCCACCUGCAGCAGAAACCCCCGAAGCAGACGAAGAACUCUUCGCCGAAGACGCAUGGGUUGAAGCUCCCAUUCACAUCGACUACGGCACGAAUGUGAAACUCGGCAAGAAUGUUUUCAUCAAUUUCAACUGCACUAUUGUCGAUACAUGUCUGGUGACGAUUGGAGCGAGGACUUUAUUCGCUCCUAAUGUUUCCCUUUACAGCGGCACUCAUCCUCUGGACCCGGAUGUCAGACAGGGAACGAAAGGUCCGGAAUGUGGGGGUGAGAUUCAURUUGAAGAGGAUUGCUGGCUUGGGGGGAAUGUUAUUGUUCUGUCGGGCAUUCGUAUUGGUAAGGGUUCGAUUGUUGGGGCGGGGAGUGUUGUUACCAAGGAUGUGCCGCCGUAUACUGUGGUUGCUGGCAACCCCGCUCGAUUCAUCAAGCAGGUCCCAAGAGAUACGGAUGCUGCAAGGACAAGUGGUGCGAUUGCGGCGCUGGAGAGGGAUCAGCAGAAGAAGUCGCAAGCGAUUUGA